AUGAAGAGGUUACUGACAAUGUUGAGCAGACACCACCCCCAUCGCCGGAAGGCGAAAAUGUUGCUGUUGAAGAACAUUAGGGACGAGGUUCUGUCUUCGCCGCAUGCGGUGACAGACAUGUGGGUCAGUUGUUCUACCACCUCUGUUUCCAGUGGAGAGGUAAUUGACAAUGUUAACCGGAGACCACCGCCCCCCGCUCGAAGGCAAAAAUGUUGGUCUAUUGAAAAACAGGAUGGACAAGGUUCUGUCUUCUCCGGAUGCGGCGACGGACACGUGGGUCAGUUGUUCUGCCACGUCAAUUUCCAGUGGAUAAGGCUACAUCAGCUCCUUUCACUAGUUUCUUAA